GAUUUCCAAUCUAGCAAAUGUCAAGAAAAUGAGUGAAGAAAUGGAUCGAGUCUAUUCUUCUUUGCAAAUAGCUUUUCAAAUAGAGUCAUUGGAUUGAUUCAUACUCUUUCUUGUUCUUCUACGUGGAACUAGACUGGAACUGGUAGUUUUGAUUAUUUUUUAAUGCAGUCAAGAGCAAGAUCGUAAUACAGAAAAGUAGCCAAAAGAAGCCUCAUCUCAAGCAAAAUUUGGCAUUAUAACGUGGUUUCUUUUUCUUUCGUUUAGAUCGUUUUCAAAAAAGAAUUUUCCUUUUGUCGAACUUUUCUCGAACAUCCUGUUUUGCAGUGCUUCGUCUUCUGAAACAAUUAGCUGUAGCCUUUCCCUAAGACUUCAAUGGAUCAGGAGAGAAAUUGGAUAGACGAGUUCCAUCCUUCGUCUUUUACCAAUCCUAUAGAAAAGUUGAACACACUUCUCCCUAAACAAGGCACUCCGCAGCAGUUGGCAGCUUCGUCUCAGCAGUUACUUAAUCAGUUUCAGUCAACAUUAAAUAAUAACCUUGCUAUUCUGAACCAGCAAAUUCAGCAAAUAUGCGAUUCUUUACCUCGUUUGCCAACCAUGAUUUCAGCCCUAGAUCAUGACAGUCGUCUUCUUUCUGAGACCUGCGAUUCCUUUAUUUUUAAUGAAGAUUCUUUGAGCUUUCUUCAAGACAUUGAAACGAUAAGAAAGAACUUAGAACUCACAAUUGCUGAGAUCGACAAACAGUCGUAGUACAUUACUUUCUACGCCGUCCUUGUUUGAGGAUUCCUUGGAUGCUGGUUAUGUUUAUGCCUAUUUUUUACCGUGAUUUUUCUUUCUGUAAUUUUAUUCAUUAGCUGUGUUAUUGGACGUUGGAAUCAUGAAAACGAACCGUUCCAUCGACCUCUGUUGUUCGGCUUUUCAGAAAUUAAGCACAUAUAAUUUACGAAAAAUACAUCAGGAUUAUCGUACUCUCUCGGUUUCGAGUAUACAAUUCUGUGUUUCUAAUUUGAUGGUGCUUCCAGUCAAGUCAUAAUCUUCAAGACCCAUAUCUGUCUUUUGAGCUUUCUCCGUUUAUUUUUUAAAUGAAUGCAUGGUUUCACUUUAAUAAAACAUACAAACUGUCUAUCAAACCCUGCCUAAAACGCUGAUAGCACUAAAAUGUCAAGUUCAGGUCAUUCCUAAUUUCCAAUGGAGAUAGUUCCAUUAAAAAGAUUAAAUAUUCAUUAAAUAACAAUUAAUCACACAUUAC